AUGCCCAACGCCGCUCCCACUCAAAAAGCCUCCGACGCGGCAGCUCACUCUGAGUCCUCGCAGCAGGCAGUGUCCUUGUCUCAUUUUCGCCUGCCUAGCUACCGCUCCUCCUACCUCGAGAGGUUCCAUCCAUAUGUCAGAACCAGGGCGCGAAGGAAGGUAGACCUGAUGCAAACGGUCGACUAUCGCUAUGACCAUGGGGUGCCAUACAGGCCUAGUUUCGCGCUGUCGGUCGUUGAGGAGGAGGACGAGGAGGUUGUCAACAACCUGGCGGCGCUCGUCCCUGCGGCGGAGGGACAGGAGAGUGUUCAGCGUCACAACAAACUGAGGCGUCUUGGUAUAGUUGAGCUUGUCAUAGUGCGAUCUGGCGCUGGCGAUGCGUCGCAGGUUCCGCAAGUCUUGAAGUUAUGGUUCAAUGAUGAAGAUGUAGAUCAUCUGGAAGAGACUAAUCCCGUCCGCCUUUUCUUGCUAUUCGCCGGUCGCUUGAUGUGUAGCUCAUACUUGGUCGCGUUCGCGGAAUAUGGAUGGAUCCUUGUGCUGUCGACCUUUGUUUGCGUGUCGCCAGCGGCUCCCGAGGAAGAUUUUGCGGGCAGGCUUCGGGCUGACUCCCAGAUGACGCCAAUGAGGGCAGGCGACUUAAAACCCGCCAGCCCCAUUGCCCACACCCUCUUCUCAUACCACGAUAUCCCCCGCACUCCUGCGCCCCCGCUCAUACCCGCCCCUGCUGCAGACCCCAUGGCACUCUUCGGCUCGUCGAAGUCCAGUGGCGCAUCUGAGGACCCCGACGUGCGCCAGAUGGAGAAACUCGUCCAGAACGAGGCGCGCGCAGACCAGAAGAGCGUCGACCACGCGAUCAAGGACCUGAAGAAGGCGGACAAGACGCACGGAAAGAGCGUCAAGUCUGCAGAAAAGGCGCAGCACGCGCUCGAGAAGGCAGUCAAGAAGGAGCACGACACCGCUAAGGCGCUGAACAAGGCGCAGCACCAGCACGACACCGCGCUCGCGGACCAGAAGAACGCGUCGCAGACGGUCGAGCUGAAGCAGCAGCACCGGACGCGCCUGGAGCAGGACGCGCACGCCCGCCGUGCGUCCGUCGAGGAGGUGCAGCAGCGCAAGGCCUCGAACGAUGCCACGCGCGAGUCGAAGCUCGCACAGGUCCACGAGCGCGUGGCUCAGCGUGCGGGCAGUCUCGACACUACCAACGGCUCCCCGGCUGGGGCGGGGGCUGGUGGGGAAUCUGGAGAUGGAGCAGGUAGGCUCUGA